AUGCUGUACCUGAAAAGAUCGCUCAAAGGGGAAGCAUUAAAAGUGAUAGAUGCAUUACCGGUUUGCAAUGCGAAUUACGAUGUGGCGUGGGCUGCUUUGAAUAAGCGUUAUGCCAAUGAGUAUAUUUUGAAAAAGCGCCACGUAAAUGCGAUGUUGCUAUGGCCACAGAUGAAGACAGCAAACAAUGAGAACAUCCAUGGGCUGAUCGAAUGUUUCGAGCGCAAUCUGAAGAUUUUGCAACAUCUUGGUGAAAGCACCGACCAGUGGGGUAUUCUGUUGGCACAAAUUAUUAUUUCCAAGCUGGACCUAAGCACGCAACAAAAAUGGGAACGGCGUGUGGAAGAGAGCAAUGAGAAUUCGGUGGGCGACUUAUUGAACUUUUUGCGAGCCCAGACGCGCAUCAUGGACGCUGUUGCUGUCGAUAAACCUAAGGCGACGGGCAAAGUCGUCAGUGAACGUCGUGUUGCGUCGAAUGUGGCGGUGGAAGCCAAAUGCAUAAAGUGUGGUGGGUCGCACCUGAUAGACAAUUGUGAUGCUUUCCGAUCUGAAUUUUACGCUGAUUACUUGAAGCCAGAUAGCCGCGGAAUAUUGCGUGCCGAUUUUGGAACUGCACUUCCAACAUUCAUCCACACGGUAUUCGGAUGGGUAGCCGUGGGACAAGUGCAUACGAAGAAUCCGCAAACCAAGAGUGAAUGUCAGCAAUUGCAUGUCAAUGAACAUCACCGUUCACAACACUGGCUGCAUCAAUUGGCGGAUGAUGACGGGAGUAAGUUUCCUUUAGCCAAGCAAGCGCUGAAAGAGGAUUUUUACGUCGACGAUUACAUCGGUGGGGCUUCGUCGGUGGAGGAGGCAGCCAGGUUGCAGGUUGAGUUAACAAUGCUUUUGAGAUCUGGUGGAUUCUACCUCACAAAGUGGAACUGCAAUAGGGCAGAAGUGCUGAAUAAUGUUCCAGCGGAAGAAAAGGCGACUUCCAAAGUCAAAAGGUUUGAGGUUCCGGAGGAACCAGUAAAGACACUGGGCAUUGCAUGGUUGACGGAAUCGGACCAGCUCUACAUUGAUUCAACCAUUGGGAUGAGCAACGAGAAUUGGACGCGCAGAACGAUUUAUUCCCUGGUGGCGCGCAUAUAUGAUCCGCUUGGGCUAGUGGCACCUGUUACGGCUUGGGCCAAAAUAAAUAUGCAGAUACUCUGGUUAGCAACUGGUGGUUGGGAUGAAGAAAUACCGGCUGAGUUGCAGGAACGAUGGUGCGUUUUUCGAUCUCAAUUAGCGCUGUUAAAGGACGUCAAAUUCUCGCGUCACGCAGUUGUAGCAAAUCCUGUAGGUUUACAACUGCAUUGCUUUUCAGACGCAUCGGAGGCGGCCUAUGGAGCGUGCGUCUAUAUACGGUCGAUUGAAAACGAUGGAAGUGUUCGAGUUGAAUUGCUCGCCGCCAAGUCACGUCCUGCACCUCUCAAAAGGAUUACUUUGGCGAGAUUGGAGCUUUGUGGAGCCCUGAUGGCUGCCAGAUUGCAAAAGGUUGUACGACAAGCGAUAAGACACCAAGCAGUGGAGACAUUCAUGUGGACGGAUGCUACAAUAGUGUUACACUGGAUCCGGGCACCUUCGUAUUCAUGGGCCACUUAUGUAGCGAAUAGAGUGUCUGAAAUUCAGGAUUUGACACAUGGCUAUAAAUGGAUGCACGUGAAGGGUAUCGACAAUCCGGCAGAUAUUGUCUCACGUGGUGCACUGCCCAAGGAAUUGUUAUCAUCGACAUUGUGGUUCCAUGGUCCGUCCUGGUUGCAGCAUCCAGAAGAUGAAUGACAUGUUCAUAGCGAUAUAGUUGCUCCUGAAGAGGAGUUAUUGGAGCGUCGCAAACAGGCGGUAGUGUUUUCGAUACAUGCGGAAAAGGAUGAUUGGUGUGAUAGAUUCUCUACCUUUGAGCGUCUAUUGCGGGUUACUGCCUAUUGUUUGCGGUUCAUCAAUCGCUGUCGGCGGAUGUCAAAUCGCCAUGACAGGGGCGUUUUAUCGUUAGGCGAGCUUACGGAAGCAAAACUAAUGCUAGUAAAAAGGGAGCAGCGAAUCUAUUUUGCUAAUGAUAUAAAGGAGUUGCAGAGCGGUCAACCGUUGCGAUCGAAAUCAUCGCUGAAAACAUUAGGAGCUUUUUUGGAUCCCGAUGGUUUACUCCGAGUUGGUGGCCGCUUGAGCCGUGCCAGGUAUAUGACGCAACAAAAUUAUAAGCAUCCUUUAGCGAUAUCAAAGAAGUCUCGCUUAGCCAGGCUUAUAGCCGAAUAUUAUCAUCGCACCACAUUACAUGGCGGGCCAACAAUGACGCUCAGUGCGAUGCGUCGGGAAUACUGGGCCAUUCAAGGACGUUCGUUGGUUAAUAGUGUAUGUCGGAGUUGUUCAGCUUGCUACAGGAUGAAUCCGCCGUUAGUGCAGCAGCCACCUGGACAGUUGCCGAUUUCGCGUAUGACGCCAUCUCGGCCGUUCUCGAUUGUAGGCGUUGAUUUUUGUGGGCCCAUCUAUCUCAAACCGGUCCAUCGUCGAGCUGCAGCUGAGAAAGCCUACAUAGCAAUUUUUGUUUGUUUUGCUGUCAAAGCCGUCCACAUCGAGUUGGUGGAAUCAUUGUCCACGGAAGCGUUUCUGGCUUCGUUUCGUCGUUUUGUUUCAAGGCGAGGAAUGCCCAACGACGUUUACUCUGACAACGGGCUGAACUUCCAAGGAGGACGCAAAGUUAUCGACGAGUACUUUGCUAUGCUGCAUCAGGAUUCGUCAAUCGAGCGUAUUGCAAAUUAUGCAGUCGAUGUUGGAGUGAAAUGGCACUUCAGUCCACCAUAUGCACCAAACUUUGGCGGGCUUUGGGAGGCUGCAGUUAAGGCUACUAAACGGGUGCUACUGAAGGUGAUAGGCAGUCGUCAAUUGUCCUAUGGUGAGAUGGCGACAAUGUUGGCGCAAGUGGAGGCCCAGCUGAACAGCCGACCGUUGACACCUUUAUCGGAGGACCCUGAGGAACUUGACGUUUUGACUCCGGGUCAUUUUCUAAUUGGAAAACCUAUUAAUGCGUUACCGGAACCAGAUGUGGUUGACAUACCAACGAAUAGGCUGCGCGGUUAUCAAGCGAUUAGGCAACUGAUUCAAAAUCAUUGGCAACGUUGGCGAACCGAAUAUUUUGUUGAAUUACACAACGAAUAUCAGCGCAGAAAGGCAUCAAUUCCGUUAAAAGUUGGCCAAAUGGUUUUGUUAAAAGAGGAUACGAAAACGCCUCACUAUUGGCCUUUAGGACGCAUAAUAGAGGUUUUUCCGGGACCCGAUGGGAUCGUUCGGGUAGUAAACGUUCGAACCAAGGCAGGGAUCUAUAAAAGACCAGCUAGUAAGAUAAGUUUGUUGCCAUUUGAAAGGAUAAGGUAAAUUUGAUAAAUUUAGGUGGCCGCUAUGUUGAGUUAUGAAUUAUAGGUUAACUGACAAUUUGAAUUACUGUCACCGAAGUGGCUAAUGAAGUUUUUGGCAGCACUGUUUCCACAGUGCAUACGUUUUUUAGUCAGUCGCGUACAAGGAGAGCAAGGAAUAGGACGUGAUUUUGAAAGGAAUAAAAUACACAACGUAGGGCAAUAUCAACGUCUUAUAAUUUACACUACACAAGAAAGAACGCAACAGUUACUUAUUAGUGGAUAUUUAAUAUUCUAAUCGGUUGAUCAGUUCUUGGUUGAACACCCUUUAGUCACCAAUUUCUUGCCAGGUGGUAAUAAACCCUAAUAGAAAUAAGAAAAAAAAAUGUAAUAAAUAUUUCUAGAAAGUAUUCAGAGAAGUAUGUUGAGAAUCACCGCUUCGCAAGCGUGAAAGUUAAAAUAUUUUUAAGAUGCUAUAAUUUCAAUCUAAAGCGAUCUGAACGACAGCUGAUCGAUCAGUUGUAGAAAUCAACACAAAGCUUCCGCACAUAUCGUUCCCACACUUGCACAAGUGUUGAGUUGCUAGUUGGAGUUCAGUUUUUAACAUUAGCUUGCCAGUUGAUCAUUGUGUCCCUUGGUAUAUGUAAAACAAAAUUAAAACCAUAGGAAACUUUACAACAAAUCAUUUGUGAUUUAGUUUUCAGUUAUCAGGGACAAGGUAACAAGUUGGUAAAGAAACGACAACAAAAAUGAAGGAUACGCUAUGCAGAUUGUGCCUGUGUGUUUUGGAUCCGGAUGAUGAUGAUGGUGGCUACUCAGUAUUGAAUGAUCGCUUUCGGACGGCUCUUGAGAAUGUAUUUACAUUUAAGAUAAGUUUAGAAAUGGAUUUGCCUGUGCAGGCUUGUAAACAAUGUUCGUGGAACGUACUGGACUUUCAAAGCUUCAGCGAAUUAGUUAAAAAAAAUCAGGAACAACUGGAGAAAGCAUUACUGAACGUGGAAAACAAUUCUGCCGGAGAUGAUACUGGAACAUGCGAACAUAUCAAUGAGGGGAACGUUGAAAGUAAUUUUGAAACAUUAAACUCAUCCCAAAUAUCUGACGAAAACAAUACUAUUAACGCAAACACUACAACGACAGAUAAUGAAAUUUGCUUGGAUGAUGUAAAAGUAAAGUAUGAAAUCCAUCCCGAUCAUGCAAGCUUAAGAAUGCUAGAAGAAAGUGCUGACAAAUUAUGUCCGGAUAUGGUUUGCGAAGAGUAUAUAAUUACUUCGGGUGAAACAGAGAAUUCGAACUACGCAACAAUGCAAACAGCCGUUGAACAAAAUAUUCUUUAUGACAAGGAUCGAUCUACUACAGUCGAAGAUGAAAACGACAUUUCUGAUACAGAUGAACAGCGUGUCGUAAAGAAGCAAAAAAUAUGUACCCGGGAAUGUGCAUCUGUGAUGGAAAACGAUUUAGUAAGUGAUCCAUCAUCAAACGUCGGUGUGAACAAUCCAAAAGAGACCUUGCCUGUUUUAAUUGAACAAGCCUAUGGAAUAUAUUCUUGUGAGCUAUGCGAGAAAAAAUGUGCAUCCAAGUGGCUGUUAGAAUAUCAUAAGCAAGAACAUGUAAUAUUGAAAUGCCCAUUCUGCCAAAAAUCUUUACCCGCAAAGACGUUACAUGCACAUAUUGCAACCCACCAGGACGCGUAUAGCUGCAAUACGUGCAAUAAAAAGUUUAUAAACCAGCGACAGUUUCGAUACCAUAUUAAGAAUGAUUGUACGAAGCGCUCUCUCUCACGCUGAUGCAUAGAUCGCUGAUAUUUUUUGUUAUAUGGACAUUUUAUUAUUUAUCAUUAUUUAUUUAUCAAAAACCGAUGUUCUGUGUGGAAGCAUUAAAGUAGUGUAACUAGCAAGUAGUUGAUACUCAAGGAUUAAUUAAACCUGCGGCGUGGAGCGAAGAACGUGAUCAAAUGAUCGAGAUAACGCAAGGUGUAUUUUGAAUAAUCAAUGUACAGAUUAACGAGGCAGAAAUGGAAUUUUGUCAAUGAUAUUUAAUAAAGUUCGUGGUUUUAGAACACAAUAGGCUCAAUAGUUCUUUGUCGUGUCCCAUGGCAAACAGUGCAAUUGGCAUAGGCUUAAGGCAAAAUAAGCCAAAUGUGGAAACGAUUUCCACAUUAGUAUGUACUAGAACGGUGCUUCUAAAUUAUUCCUUCUUGACAUAACAAACUACAAAAUGGCAUACUAGACAUGUGUAUAUCACGUAACCCAAUAAUCAAUCGUUGAUAUGUGGAAACGAUCCGGAAGAAAUGUUGUUCCUGGUUCCAUCAUGUGAUAGAUCUAUCAAGAUUUUCUUUCAAGUAUAUAAUUUCGCGUAUAAUCAAACCACCUAAUUUCCCACAGCAAAACAGUUCGUGAGUAUCAUGCGAACAUCUUCUUAUGUACCAGUAGCGCUCUCUUUCGUAUUUUUUUGGUACUAGCACGGUAACUGUCAGAAUCCAACUGUCAAUCCAGGUAAACAUCAAAACAAACAAGUUCAUUGCUGUUUUCUAUUCCGCGUACACGCCAAACGCGGGAACGAGCUGCAAUUUUAUCAUAAUCUAUGUGAUAAUUACACGUUAGUUGCAUAAAGUCAAUGUAUUAGGGUAGUUUUUUGCGUUGUUAACACGGUGAACAUGUACCGACCGAAAAAUAGUGCUGAAUAGGCCAAUUAAAACGUUCAACUAUUGCUUGCCCCAGAAGUACAGUCCAAGUUUAAUUGUAUUCCCAAACUAAAUAGACAUCAAGAAACAGAAAAUUUGACCGAAGAAAUGUGUGAACGGAUAUGUAGAUUAUGUUUAAAAACCCUGGAUACGGACGAUCCUGACGUUCGCUCUAUUUUAGAUGGAAUGGUUCAAAGAGCGCUUAAAAGUGUAUUUCCUUUCGAAGUACAGUUUAGGGACGAUUUGCCCAUGUAUACCUGCAAGCAGUGCUCGUGGAAUGUGCUGGACUUCCACAGUUACAGUGAGCUAGUGCAGAAAAAUCAGGAAAAAUUUAAUUGCAAAUAUUUGCCAGACAAUCAAUCGGCACAAAAUUACAACGAAAUGGAGAAGGAAAAUAUUGGCCUUAAUAACAAUCCAAAGGAGUUACCAUCGAGCCAGUCUGAAGGAUAUUUCGAUGAUGGUGAUAUAACAACUGUGAAGUGUAAAGCAGAACUAGACAGUAUCGCAGUGACGAAUGAAAUCCAUCCAGAUUUAAUGGAUUUUUCAUAUGGAAACUUUGAAGAAGAUAGUGCAAGCAUAACAUGUGGAAAUUACGAAAUUACUCCUUUUAUUUACGACGAUUCUACAGAAUGUUCGGAAAGUUUUAACAUUUGCAACAAAUUGAACAACACAUCUGUUGUAGAAAACAAAACCACUGGAAUUGAUAGUGCCAUCAACAAGCAAGAUGAUAAUAAGACUCAUGCAUUAGCAAGUAACAAAAUGAAAAUGAAAACAAAACAAAUAACAAAAGGUAAAUCCAAUACAACUUCGAAGCCGCUUGAGAGCAACAAAAGACUGACGUUAAAAACUAAAAAAGAAUAUUCUUGCGACAAAUGUGAGAAGAAAUUUAAAUUAAAACGACAGCUGAAACAGCACAAAUAUAGUCAUUGGGAUGAUACAUGUACAAUCUGUAAAAAAACAUUAAGACGUAUUAAUAUGAGUAGGCAUCUUGCGAUUCAUAAGAAAGGAAUACAUGGAAAACUUUAAGCAUGGCAUUGCAAUCGACACAUCCUACAUGGUUGAAGGAACAGAAGCUGCAGAAAAUUAAAUAAAAGGUCAAAAUUGACUUACACUUUUACAAACUGCACUGUGCCACAAUUCAAAAUUUAUAUUGUUACUCUAAACGUAGGUAAUGAAAUUUUGUAUAUUUUUAAGAAAUUACGUAAGCAGCAAUAGUUAUGUAAUGGGAGUCGGUACCAUGGUAACGGAGAACUACUGAACAAAGGUAGUAGAACCCAUCCAAAGGCCCAGGCCCAGGAAACUAGGCGUCAUAUCGUGGCAUUAUGUCGACAAAUAGGAAAGGGAAGAACCACAUUUCUAGGACCACCUAUGAUGUAUAUGCAACAGAAAAACUCAACCAAUUGUAUCGACAACGAUAUUUUACGAUUCAAAUCAUGAGCAAAUUUUGGUAAUAAAAUAGCGAUUAUUUAUAACAAAAUGCUUA